AUGGAUAUCGAAUCGAUGGACAUCAAAGAAGCAAGUGCCUCGGAUGACUUUGAAUUGCACCAAGCGAAGCGACGAUCAAGCGCUCGAGCCAAUCUGGACGAAGAGAGAAAGGGCAGUGACGAAGAUAACGAAGAUGCUACACCUCAAGUCUUUUGGAGAGCGAGUGCCAAUGCAGUCGAAGGUACUGGAUUGUCUGAGCCGACAACGUUUGAAGAUGCGUUGGUGGACCAGAUCAAGUGCAUUGAUGGACAGCAUACCAUUGACACCAAGUGGGUAUUCAAGAUCAAACGGAAAGCUGAUGGAUCCAUCGAGAAAUACAAGGCGCGUCUCGUGGCAAAAGGGUGCAAGCAGAAAUAUGGCAUCGACUACACGGAGACGUUUUUGCCGGUAGUCAACUACGUGAAGCUGCGCAUGGUAGUUGCAAUCACGAAGUACUUUGACUGGACACUGGACCAACUGGACGUGGUGACAGCUUUCCUAUACGGAGAAAUGAAGGAACAGAUUUUCUGCGCGAUCCCAGAAGGAGUCGAAAUUGAUGAAGACUUUGACUGCUUUGAACUGGUCAAGACAUCUACGGACUAA